AUGGUUGACUGGACUCCGGAGAUGGAUGAAUAUUAUUUGGCUUAUAAGUCCCAUCAUAACAAGUUUAAAAAACUUACAGCCAAAUUCGGUAAGCUCAGACGCCGGAAAGACGAAGAAGGAAACCCUUGGUUUGUGGAUGUCAUGGAAAGCUUCCUGCUGGCGAAGGAAGCAGUAGCUGAGGGAGAAAGGGAGAUCGCCGGGAGAAGACAAUUUGAAGAUCGAUUUCCGGACGCGCACCCACCGCCGGAUUCUGGGGAGGAGGAUGGCCAUCUAAAGCAGAUCAGGCAAAGAGAAGGGGCACUGGUGAACAGUCAUUCUGUUUCUGCUGUGUGCUUCUACAUGGUUAUUGAUAUGGAGCCAUCUACAGAGUUCUUUUAG